AUGGUGCCGGUCAACGACAUGUUUGAGCCCGAAAAAGAGCAUGAAGAAGAGGUGCCUUUGCGCUCGCAGCUCGACCCGGCCGUGUACAAGAGCUUGGAGCGGAAUGCGUGCCUAAAGAUAGACCUGCAAGUGUUGCCCUUGUGUCUUUUGCUGUACCUUCUCUCUUUCCUUGAUCGAACCAACGUUUCCCAGUCCAUGAUGGACCGUGGCGAGACACGUCCCGACGGCAGUAUCAAAGAUCCAGGCAUUAUGACCUCUCUCGACAUGACGCCCCACCAAUAUGCAACCGCCUUAUCGGUUUUAUACCCCACGUACAUGGUAUUCGAGAUCCCUGCCAACCUCAUGAUCAAACGGGUGGGUGCGCGGAUUUGGAUGCCGUUCCUCGUCAUGGCAUGGGGACUUGUUGAAACACUACAGGGCCUUGUCUCGUCGAAAACAGGACUGUAUAUCUGUCGUGUGUUUCUCGGUUUAACGGAGGCGGGUAUUAUGCCAGGUAUCACCGUGUAUUUGACCUUUUUCUACAGGCCCAACGAGCUUCAGUACCGCCAGGCAUUCUUUUUCACGGGCACUUCGCUCAGUUGUGCAUUUUCUCCGCUUCUGGCCGUUGCUAUACGGAAAAUGGACGGCAUCGCUGGUCAGCACGGUUGGCAAUGGGUGUUCUAUCUUGAAGGUAUCUUCACCGUAUUGGUUGGAUUUCUAUCCUACUUUUUGCUCUCUAAUGAGCCUGCUGAUUGUGCUUUGUUGUCACCUUUGGAGAAGCGUGUGGCUGUGGAACGCCUGCAGGAAACGAGCGACAGAUAUACAAAUCACGACGAUCUGGCCACGAAGCUGAAACAAACCGAGCCAGAUGUAAGUGAAGACGAAGCACCUCGUUACGUCGCCUCGACAUGGUCUCGCGAAGUGUGGCGAGCAUUCACCGAUAUUCGCUGCUUGCUUAUCUCGGUCUUGGGCUUUUGCAUUAGUAUGCCCAUUUUCUCGCUCGCGUACUUUAUGCCAAGUAUUGUCAAAGGAAUCAAUGACGACUAUACCACCGUGGAGUCUAUGCUCAUGUCUUGUCCACCUUUUGCCGUGUCGUUUGCUUUCAGCCUCAUAAUAGCUGUGGUCUCUGAUCGCACCCGCCAACGCUACUUCUGUAUGGUGGCGUGCUAUGUGCUUUGUAUUGUUGGUUUGGCAGUAGCAUUGGGAUGCAAUGACUCCAUGACAAGGUACGGCGGUAUUAUCAUGGUCACAUCAGGCGGUUAUGCCGGUCCACCUUGUCUGCUAGCAUGGAUCGCAAACAACACGGCCGGACAUUACAAGACUGCGACAGCCCUGGCCAUGAUCAUUAUCCUGGAUAAUUGUAGUGGACUAGCCUCGGCUUGGCUAUUCAACACCAAAACGGAGGCACCUCGUUUCACGCGAGGCAUCUCUACAAAUCUCGCCAUGUCGGUUCUGGGUCUUAUCCUAGCCACGAUUCUGGAGCUGUUGAUCAUGCACGAGCGCAGGCAGCGUGCUCGUGGUCGCCGCGAUGAAGCAGUUCUUGCGCUGUAUAAACGCACUCGAUGGACUGAGGAGCAGCUUCGUGAGUAUAUGGGAGAUGACCACCCGGAGUUUCACCUGGAGCUGUGA